CACUGAAGCGAUGGAGCCGUCUGUCAUCCCCGGUGGCGACAUGUCCGACCUUUACUCCAUUAACCCGUUUAAUGUUACUUUUCCGGACGACGUUAUGGGGUUCGUUCCUGACGGAAGGAACUACACCGAGCCUAACCCGGUAAAGAGCCCCGCGGGAAUCAUCAUCGCAAUUUCCAUCACUGCUCUAUAUUCCGUUAUCUGCGUGGUGGGACUCCUGGGAAACAUCCUGGUGAUGUACGGGGUGGUAAGAUACACCAAGCUAAAAACUGCCACCAACAUCUACAUCUUCAAUUUGGCCCUGGCAGAUGCACUGGCCACUAGUACACUUCCAUUCCAGAGCGCCAAGUAUCUAAUGAACACCUGGCCCUUUGGUGAGCUUCUAUGUAAAGUUGUCAUAGCCAUUGACUACUAUAACAUGUUUACCAGUAUCUUCACCCUCACUAUGAUGAGUGUGGACCGUUACAUUGCCGUGUGCCACCCUGUGAGAGCACUGGAGUUCCGUACCCCGGUCAAGGCCAAAAUCAUCAACGUGUGCAUUUGGAUUCUCUCCUCCGCUGUAGGAGUGCCAAUCAUGGUCAUGGCAGUUACCAAAGUGACAAACCAAGGUGCAACUGUAUGCAUGCUGAAGUUCCCUGAUCCAGACUGGUACUGGGACACAGUGACAAAGAUUUGUGUGUUUAUCUUCGCAUUUGUGGUACCAGUGCUAGUUAUCACAAUCUGCUAUGGUCUGAUGAUCCUACGUUUGAAAAGUGUCCGAAUUCUCUCAGGCUCAAAGGAGAAGGACAGAAACAUGCGUCGAAUCACUCGAAUGGUUUUGGUAGUGGUGGCUGCCUUCAUUAUCUGCUGGACACCCAUCCACAUCUUCAUCAUUGUCAAAACACUUGUAGACAUCAACCAAAAGAACCCCUUUGUGAUUGCCAGCUGGCACCUGUGUAUCGCACUUGGCUAUACCAACAGCAGCCUCAAUCCUGUCCUCUAUGCUUUCUUGGAUGAGAAUUUCAAGAGAUGCUUCCGAGACUUCUGCCCACCCUUCCAAACCAGAGCUGCCCAUAAUAGUCUUAACCGAGCAAGAAAUGCUACAAGGGAGCCAGUAUCAGUUUGCGCACCUUCGGAAGCAGGAAAGAAGCCAGUAUGACUAGGCCUGGAGAGGAUCCCACGGGGGUCCCAGUCCAGAAGAGUUCAGCAGGAUCUUCAAUCUGAGGUCACCCAAAUCUCCACUACUGAAUUCUAGGA